GCCCCAGGAGGAGGGAAGAGGAAGUUGUGUGGGACAAGCUGCUCCUGACAGAAGGAUGUCGCUGCUGAGCCUGUCCCGGCUGGGCCUCGGGCCGGUGGCAGCAUCCCCAUGGCUGCUCCUGCUGCUGGUCGGGGCCUCCUGGCUCCUGGCCCGUGUCCUGGCCUGGACCUACGCCUUCUAUGACAACUGCCGCCACCUCCAGUGUUUCCAGCAGCCUCCAAAACGGAACUGGUUUUGGGGUCACCUGAGCCUGAUGCGAGGCAAUGAGGAGGACAUGCGGCUGAUGGAGGAUCUGGGCCACUACUUCCGUGAUGUCCAACUCUGGUGGCUUGGGCCUUUCUACCCUGUCCUGCAUCUUGUCCACCCUACGUUCGCUGCCCCUGUGCUCCAGGCUUCAGCUGCUGUUGCACUCAAGGAUAUGAGUUUCUAUGGCUUCCUGAAGCCCUGGCUGGGGGAUGGGCUCCUGAUUAGUGCCGGUGACAAGUGGAGAUGGCACCGCCACCUGCUCACACCCUUCCACUUCAAAAUCCUGAAGCCCUAUGUGAAGAUUUUCAGUGACAGCAUGAACAUCAUGCACGCCAAAUGGCAACGCCUGGCCUUGGAGGGCAGUGCCCGUUUGGAAAUGUUUGAGCACAUCAGCCUCAUGACCUUGGACAGUCUGCAGAAAUGCAUCUUCAGCUUUGACAGCAAUUGUCAGGAGAAGCCCAGCGAAUAUAUUGAUGCCAUCUUGGAGCUCAGUGCCCUCAGUCUGAAAUGGCACCAGCACAUCUUCCUGCUCAUGAACUUCUUGUACUUCCUCACUCCCAAUGGGCGACGCUUCUGCAGGGCCUGUGACAUAGUGCACAACUUCACAGAUGCUGUCAUUCAGGAGUAGCGUCGCACCCUCACUAGCCAGGGUGUCGAUGACUUCCUGCAGGCCAAGGCCAAGUCCAAGACUUUGGACUUCAUUGACGUGCUCUUGCUGGCCAAGGAUGAGAAUGGAAAGAAGUUGUCAGAUGAGGACAUAAGAGCGGAGGCUGACACCUUCAUGUUUGGGGGCCAUGACACCACGGCCAGUGGUCUCUCCUGGGUCCUGUACAACCUCGCGAGGUACCCAGAAUACCAGGAGCACUGCCGACAGGAGGUGCAAGAGCUCCUGAAGAACCGUGAUCCUAAAGAGAUUGAAUGGGAUGACCUGGCCCAGUUGCCCUUCCUGACCAUGUACCUGAAGGAGAGCCUGCGGCUGCAUUCCCCAGUCUCCAGCAUCCACCGCUGCUGCCCCCAGGACGUGGUGCUCCCGGAUGGCCGGGUCAUCCCCAAAGGGAACAAUUGCACCAUCAGCAUCUUUGGGAUCCAUCACAACCCUUCAGUCUGGCCGGACCCUGAGGUCUAUGACCCCUUUCGCUUCGACCCAGAAAAUCUCCAGAAGACAUCACCUCUGGCUUUUAUUCCCUUCUCGGCAGGGCCCAGGAACUGCAUCGGCCAGACGUUCGCCAUGGCUGAGAUGAAGCUGGUCCUGGCGCUCACGCUGCUGCGCUUCCGCGUCCUGCCGGACCACGCGGAGCCCCGCAGGAAGUUGGAGCUGAUCGUGCGCGCGGAGGAUGGACUUUGGCUACGGGUGGAGCCCCUGAGCGCGGAUCUGCAGUGACCCACCACUGUCAGGUCUCAGAGCCACCCGCGCCCUCCUCAGGCACCUUUGCAGAUUCCGGGGAAUCCAUCUGUGCCUGAGUCCCACAGCCAGCCAGCAGGGGGCGUCGGAGAACUGCAGGGAUCCAGGGCCUGGCGAGGGGAGGCGGAGUGUUUCUGAGCCAAGACCCUGACAGCCUCUCUGGUUGAGCACAGUGGCCCCGUGCUGAGGGCGGGUUGUCCCAGAGCGCAGGUCGGGACUGUAUCCUGUGGGCGAUAGGGAGCCAUGGCGGGUGCUUGAGCAGGAGAGGGACCAGGGUUGAGGAGGCACCUAUGGGGCAGGUUUGAGGCUCUGAGUCACUGAGGAAAACCAGAGCGGCACUACAUCCCCGCCCCUCGAUCUCAAUUCUCAUCUCCUAAUACAUCCAGUUGUUUUUUUUCCUCUCACCUCAGGGUUCUUCACUGUUUUCAUUGUUCUUAAACGACUGCACUUAUUAAACAAUAAUCAGCCUGGU